UAGGAGCUGUCACUAAAACACCUAACCCAGCUGAGUGUGCAAUGAAAAAACCAAUUAACAAGAGAGAUCAAAAUUUAACACCAAAAGCUCAUAUUCAACAGACUGUUGCUUCAAAUUCUUACGUAAAACUUAAGCUUGGAGGUUUACCAAUCCAUGCCCGAGUUGAUACUGGGUCGGAGGUGACCAUUCUCUCCACAAAAGUUUACGAAAAAUUGAAAAGAAAACCAUCAAUAUUGGGAGAUGUUGCAAUGAGUCUGGCAAGUGACAAUGCAGUACUGAAGGGUUAUUUCAUUGAUUCUCUGAAAAUGAAACUUGGAUCCAGUACUUUCCAAACACAGUACAUAGCUCCCAUUCAUGAUGAAAUGAUUUUAGGUCAUGACGUUUUACAAAAUUUGGGGGUGAUAAUUGACAUAGAAGCUGGCACUCUUGUUGUGAGGGGUAAAAUGAUUAAAGUGAGAGAAAUUUCAAAUAAAGAUCAAAAACCAAUUAUAGCAAGGGUGGGGCUAAGUGACUGUGAAAAUCAUUCCAGAUUUAACAGUGUGUCAAAUUUUGAAUUUUCAUCAGGCAAUUCCAUCGACCAAAUCAAAAAAGUGAAAGGGAGUAAAAGGAUACCAGAAUUUCAGGUGAGCACCGCUGGAAUUACUAAGGAACUGCUUGUAUGAUUCUAUCAGGAAAUACUUGGAAGUAAACUCGUCUCUUUCAAAUAAAGAGGGGAGGAGUGUUGUGAUUGUGCCGGAAGCACUUCCCGAACUACGGAGAUGAGCCUACACCACCUGGCGGGAGUGCAGUAAAUUAUUAGACUGAGAGCAGUUCGAGCCACGACGCGAGAGGGUGCGGACUCACCUACACACCUUUCUACGACUACUGUAUAUACCCACACAGUUACACAAGGAGCUUCGACCUGUGAAUACGGAGAGCGGAUCUGGCGACGUAGAGCAGAGCUAAAUAAGGACACUCGGUGCGAGGAGAGGACACACGAGCCUCGAACGGAGGACAGAUAGCUCGCAUAAACACUUUAUAACCAUGCGUUGUGAAGUUCGCAUCAUAAAAAGCAUGUUCUAGCCUCUCUCCAUGAGGUAGCUACCGAGGUAUGGCAGAAAGUGAUUUGAAGUCUUAUUAGGACCGUCUGUUACGUCACAAAAAUGCACAGGUGUCUCUUUUCUAGGACAGGCAGCCACAUUCCAUGACACCAGCUUCACCAUACCGGAGUCGAUCGAACAUUAGUGGUAGAAUGGUUUUCCUUAGCUAUUUGCACGUUUUCCUGAUGCCUUUACUGUUAUCAGUGACCUGUGCCAUCAGUCAUAGCACUAUUAACACAGUAGAAGUUGUGAUAAACACAAAGCUAGGUCAACUACGGGGACAGACAGUUACAACAAACGAUGGCAGUGACGUCACUCAGUUCUUGGGUGUUCCGUUUGCAAAUCCCCCACUAGAGACGCUACGAUUUGAACCUCCUCAGAAAGUAGAUUGCUGGGCCGGUGUACUGGAUGCAACGGAAUUCGGACCAAUGUGCGUGCAGGACUUGAGCCCCAUGUUUGAUGUGGUCUACACGAAAGAGUACAUUAAGCAGCGCUUUCCACACAACAGAACAAGUGAAGACUGUCUUAGCCUCAAUAUUUUUAUUCCAGGUCACGUGACAGAAAUAACCCAAUCCCUUCCGGUCAUGGUUUACGUCCAUGGCGGUGCGUAUGAAUGGGGUACAGGGAUGAAUUUUGACGGUUCCAUGUUAGCUUCUCAUGGUAACGUAAUCGUUGUAACUUUAAACUAUCGUCUUGGGCUGUUCGGAUUUUUCACGACAGGCGUCGCUGAGAGUCCGGGAAACAUGGCUCUUCUUGACCAGGUGGCGGCACUGGAGUGGGUCAGAGAAAAUAUCGAAACUUUUGGAGGUGAUCCCUCUUCGGUGACGCUCUUUGGAAAUUCAGCGGGUGGAGCGUCGAUAUCUCUUCUAGCUCUAAGUUCACUGUCCAGGGGAUUAUUUAAUAGGGCUAUUUUGCAAAGCGGGCUUUAUCAGCUGGAUUUGAAUGCCGCGCCAAAUCUCCCAUUGUCCUCGGAUUCGGUGGUACACCAUAGUAUAGAGAUUGCCCGGAUGUUAUGUGCUGAUAGCAAACGCCGUCUUCUCGAGUGCAUGAAACGUAAAUCUGUCGCUGAGCUUCAACGUGCGUAUCACGAGUACAAAGAACAACAUUUUGGCCCCAUAGUGACACCGCGCGUGGACGGGUACUUUCUGAAAAAAGAAGACUUUAAUCCGGAACAUUUGAGUGGUUUGCCGAUCAUGCUCGGAAUCGUUAAAGAUGAGAGUACCCUUUUUCUUGGCCUCAUUGGCCAACUUAAUAGGAUGGUAGAUCUCCCGACCAUAGAGGAGUAUGUCAAAACACAGUUUCCUGUCAACGUAAACCACAUUCAUGAAGUAAUUUUAUUUGAAUAUUUAGGUGGAUUACAACACACCUCAGCGAAUUUACGUCGCGCGUAUAUCGAUAUACUAAACGAUUACUUUUCACUUAGUAGCCAUAGCAACUACACCGACGUCGCCUCAGGAGUUACGAACACGUAUUUCUAUUAUUUCAACCACAGACCGUCAUUUUCCCAUUGGCCAAUUUUUUCGGGAGCGACUCACAUGGACGAGUUGUACUUUGUUUUUGGCGAUGUCAUGGAUACAGCGUUGUUUGGGGACAUUAAGCCGAGUGAAGCUGAAAAGACACUAAGCAAACAAAUAAUGGAUGCAUGGACAACUUUUGCACGGGAAGGAACCCCUACCAAGACAGGCAUGUGGCCUCCGUACAGCGUGAAAGACAGGUCAUAUCUGGAGUGGGAGACCAAUGGGAAUAAAGUGGAGAAAGAUUUAAGAUGUCGGCAGCGGCAGUUUUGGCUGGGCCUGGUGUUUAAGACCCUAAUAAACUCGGACAAAAAGUGAAAUGCAUCCCCCCCAACCCCAACAAAAAUAAAAAUGAAGUAUUAUUAAUUUAGGAAAAAACCAACAGGAAUAUUCUUCGUACCGUGAAUCACACAAGGGCAUUAUCAUACAGGGUUCUGGAGUCACCAUUGAUCUGUUUUACCUUUCUGGAACAUUGUCCCGUGAUGUGAGAGACAAGUAAUUAUACAUAAUCUCUUUAAUGGUACAUGUAACUUUAAAUA